CAGGAUCCAGAGAAACGCCCACCGCUGUCUCUUGCCCAGGCCGGGGGGAAAAAGGCAGAACCGGAGCGUACUUGAACAGAAGGGCUUGGCGGAGGAAUUUUCCAAAGGCCCAAAGGCCAGCCGUUGAAGCACUGGUGGUCAGCCCAGGAGGCCCCGAGUGAGAUUUGGGGACCGGCUCCGCCUCAGGCCAUGCCAAGCCAGGGUCUGCCCCUUCGAGUGGCCACCCUGCUGACCGGGCUCCUGGAAUGCCUUGGCUUUGCUGGAGUCCUCUUCGGCUGGGCAUCGCUGGUGUUCGUCUUCAAAACAGAGCAUUACUUUGAGGAGCUAUGUGAACCAGAUGGCGGGCCGAUGGGCAAUCUUACUGAGCAGGCUGACUGCAAAGCCCAGGAUGAGAAGUUCUCACUCAUCUUCACCCUGGGAUCCUUCAUGAACAACUUCAUGACAUUCCCAGCCGGCUUCAUCUUUGACAGGUUCAAGACCACCGUGGCUCGUCUCAUAGCCAUAUUUCUCUACACCAGCGCCACACUCAUCAUAGCCUUCACCUCUGCAGACUCAGCCCUGCUGCUUUUCCUGGCCAUGCCCAUGCUCACAGUGGGAGGGAUCCUGUUUCUGAUCACCAACCUGCAGGUUGGGAACCUCUUUGGCAAACACCGCUCAACCAUCAUCACCCUCUACAACGGGGCGUUUGACUCCUCCUCGGCAGUCUUCCUUGUCAUCAAGCUGCUUUAUGAGCAGGGUAUCAGCCUCAGGGCCUCCUUCAUCUUCCUCUCUGUCUGCAGUGCCUGGCAUGUUGUACGUACUUUCCUCCUGAUGCCCCGAGGCCACAUCCCCUACCCACUGCCCCCCAACUACCGCUACGGCCUGUGCUCUGGGAAUGACACCACCGAGGGGGAGAAGAACGCAGCUGAGUCCGACAAGGUAGAAAUGCAGUCGAAAGAGUUCCUUCCAGCAAAGGAAGAGACACUAGAACCUGGGAAGCAGCAGAAGCCCCGAUCUUUCUGGUGCCACGCACUCUCUCAGCGCUUUGUCUGCCACCUAGUGUGGCUGUCCGUGAUACAGCUGUGGCACUACCUCUUCAUCGGCACCCUCAACUCGCUGCUCACCAACCUGGCGGGAGGCAACAGAAUGCUAGUCAGCACCUACACAAAUGCCUUUGCCAUCACUCAGUUCUUUGGGGUGCUGUGUGCCCCUUGGAAUGGCCUGCUCAUGGACCGGCUCAAGCAGAAGUACCAGAAGGAGUCGAAAGACACAGGGUCCUUGGCCAUGACAGUGGCCCUGCGCUCCACGGUGCCUUCUCUGGCCCUGACGUCUCUCCUGUGCCUGGGCUUCGCCCUCUGUGCCUCGGUGCCCAUCCUGCCCCUCCAGUAUGUCACCUUCAUCCUGCAAGUGAUCAGUCGCUCCUUCCUGUACGGGGGCAAUGCUGCCUUCCUCACCCUCGCUUUCCCUUCAGAGCACUUUGGGAAGCUCUUUGGGCUGGUAAUGGCCUUAUCAGCCAUUGUGUCUCUGCUCCAGUUCCCUAUCUUCACCUUCAUCAAAGGCCCCCUCCAGAAUGACCCGUUCUACGUGAAUGUGAUGCUGGUGCUUGCUACUGUGUUGACGUUCAUCCACCCCUUCAUGGUGUUCUGGGAGUGUCGGCGGGAAAGGAGCUCUCUUGCAGCCGCCUAGCUUGGAAGCUGUCGCUUUUCAGCCCUGACAAUGCUCUGUUAAUCUUUCCCCACCUUUGAGGACCCCGUGUCCAGGAGCACUUGACCUGCCCAGGCUACUUAUAUUAAUUAGCCAUUACUUUUUUUUUUUCUUU